CGUCGCUUGUACAUCUGUGGCAACCAGGGCCAGACGUCUGUCAGGUCGGGAGGACAAGGGCAAGCGUGAGGACAACACGCAGUUGAGUUGAGGAACAGAAAGUAACGGCGCAAUAAUGAUGACCCAGGUGGAGACCACGGUGCACUAUGAUAACGGCUACGAGGAGGAGUACAUGAUGCAGGAAGAUGACUGGGACAGGGACAUGCUGCUGGACCCUGCCUGGGAACAACAGCAGAGGAAAACCUUCACAGCCUGGUGUAACUCCCACCUGAGGAAAGCUGGUACUCAAAUUGAAAAUAUUGAGGAGGACUUCAGGAAUGGACUCAAACUCAUGCUGCUACUGGAAGUUAUCUCAGGGGAGAGGUUACCCAAGCCAGACAGAGGGAAGAUGCGAUUUCAUAAGAUUGCUAACGUCAAUAAAGCGCUGGACUUCAUCACGAGCAAAGGAGUGAAAUUGGUCUCCAUUGGAGCUGAAGAGAUUGUGGACGGUAAUGUAAAGAUGACUCUUGGAAUGAUCUGGACUAUCAUCCUCCGCUUCGCCAUUCAGGACAUUUCUGUGGAAGAAACAUCUGCCAAGGAAGGUCUCCUCCUGUGGUGUCAGAGAAAGACUGCCCCCUACAGGAAUGUCAAUGUCCAAAACUUCCAUGUCAGCUGGAAGGAUGGCCUGGCCUUCUGCGCCCUGAUUCAUAGACACAGACCCGACCUCCUCGACUACUCUAAGCUCAAUAAGGAUGAUCCUCUGGGGAACCUGAACCUGGCUUUUGACAUAGCCGAGAAACACCUGGACAUUCCCAAAAUGCUGGACGCAGAAGAUAUCAUCAACACCCCCAAGCCUGAUGAAAGAGCUAUCAUGACCUAUGUGUCCUGCUUUUACCAUGCUUUUGCUGGAGCUGAGCAGGCAGAGACGGCUGCCAACAGGAUCUGUAAGGUGCUCGGUGUAAACCAGGAGAAUGAGAAAAUGAUGGAGGAGUAUGAGAGACUGGCCAGUGAGCUGCUGGAGUGGAUCCGCCGCACCACUCCCUGGCUGGAGAACCGGACCCCAGAGAAGACCAUGGCAGAGAUGCAGCGGAAGCUGGAGGACUUCAGGGAUUACAGACGCCAGCACAAGCCCCCUAAAGUGCAGGAGAAGUGCCAGCUGGAAAUUAACUUCAACACCUUGCAGACAAAGUUGCGCAUCAGCAAUCGCCCUGCCUUCAUGCCCUCUGAGGGGAAGAUGGUAUCUGACAUAGCCAGUGCAUGGCAAGGCCUGGAGCAGGCAGAGAAAGGCUAUGAGGAGUGGCUCCUUACAGAGAUCCGUAGGUUGGAGAGGCUAGACCAUCUGGCUGAAAAGUUUCGCCAAAAAGCCACCAAUCAUGAGAACUGGGCCAGCGGUAAAGAACUGAUCCUCUCCCAGAAGGACUACGAAGCAGCCACCCUGACAGAAAUCAGAGCAUUGCUUCGAAAACACGAGGCCUUUGAGAGUGACUUGGCAGCUCACCAGGACAGAGUGGAGCAGAUUGCCGCCAUUGCACAGGAACUAAAUGAGCUGGAUUACCACGAUGUUGCUGCUGUGAACCAACGCUGCCAGAGCAUCUGUGACUUGUGGGACAAGCUGGGAACCCUGACUCAGAAGAGGAGAGAGGCACUGGAGCGAACAGAUAAGCUGCUGGAGACUAUUGAUCAGUUGUUCUUGGAGUUUGCCAAGAGGUCGGCUCCUUUCAACAACUGGAUGGAUGGAGCCAUGGAGGAUCUCCAGGACAUGUUCAUAGUGCAUACUAUUGAAGAGGUCCAGAGUCUAAUCGCAGCUCAUGAGCAGUUCAAAGCUACUCUACCUGAGGCUGAUGCAGAGAGACAGGCCAUAUUGGGAAUCCACAAUGAGGUGCAGAAGAUUUCCCAGAGCUAUGGGAUCAAGGCCAACAUUAUCAACCCCUACAGCACCAUCACAAUUGAAGAGCUUCUGAACAAGUGGGAAAAGGUGAAGAAGCUGGUUCCUCAGAGAGAUAGUGCCCUCCAGGAGGAAAUGGCACGCCAGCAUGCCCAUGAAAGGCUGAGACGACAGUUUGCUGCCCAGGCUAAUCUCAUUGGACCCUGGAUACAGGCCAGGAUGGAGGAAAUUGGACGUUGCUCCCUGGAGAUAGGAGGCACCCUGGAGGACCAGAUGACCCAGCUGAAACAAUUUGAACACAUCAUUGUUGCUUACAAGCCCAACAUCGACAAGUUGGAGGGAGACCACCAGCUAAUCCAAGAGUCACUGGUGUUCGAUAACAAACACACCAACUACACUAUGGAGCAUAUCCGUGUCGGGUGGGAGCUGCUCCUCACAACCAUUGCCCGAACCAUCAACGAGAUUGAGACCCAGAUCCUGACCCGGGAUGCCAAAGGCAUCAGCCAGCAGCAGAUGAAUGAGUUCCGAUCCUCUUUCAACCACUUUGACAGGAAGAAGAAUGGAGCAAUGGACACUGAUGACUUCAGAGCCUGCCUCAUUUCUAUGGGUUAUGACUUGGGAGAGGUGGAGUUUGCCCGUAUAAUGAUACUUGUGGACCCCAAUGGUACAGGAAUCGUCUCUUUCCAGUCUUUCAUUGACUUUAUGACCAGAGAGACUGCUGAUACAGACACUGCCGAGCAGGUUGUGGCAUCCUUCCGGAUCCUGGCAAGUGACAAGCCCUACAUACUAGUGGAGGAGCUAAGGAGAGAACUUCCUCCUGAACAAGCAGAGUAUUGCAUCAUGAGGAUGCCACCUUACACCGGCCAUGGAGCACCUCCAGGAGCACUGGACUACACUGCCUUCUCCACCGCCCUCUAUGGAGAGAGCGACCUUUAACCCCCUGUCUUCCAUCUCAAUGAAUUUAAGGAAUCUAUAAGAAAGUUGGAUCAAAUAUGUUGAAUGAAUUGUUUGUGUGACCAUAGUUUUCUGAUGCAUUAGACUGUCUACAAUCAUGCUGAGCAUUGUCAUGUGUCUUUGUACGCUUGGAUAAAAUAUUCCCCCUAAACAAAAAUGUAUUGCCAUGUUAAAAAUAUAUUGUGAGAAGCGGUGCAUUGUA